AAUCACGUAAUAGAGCUAAUGAGUUCAAUCUGCAGUAAAUUUCAUUUUGAUGAUGAAAGCAGUUAUAAAAAACUUAGAAAUGCUGCAUGUGCACUCAUAACUUUAUUAAAUAGCAGAAGAGGUGGUGAACCUGCUCGAGUUUUGUUAGCAGAUUGGUUGCAAGGAGAAAAUGAUGAAUGGAUUGAUAAACAAAGACUGAAAAAACUUGACAGUUUAGACCGCAUUUUAGUGAAGAGUAUGAAAGUUAUUUACAUGACUGGAAAAGGUAAUAACCAUCUAGUACCAGUAAUUAUUCCAGGAGACACGAUUCUUUCAAUGAAAAAACUUUCUAACGAAUGUUUCCGUAAAGUUGGUCGCGUUCUUGCAAGUAAUAAGUUUAUAUUUGCAAGCUCAAAAGGAUCUGAAAAUCAUGUUUCAGGGUGGCAUGUUGUGAACAAAAUUUGUUCGAAGUUAGUAUUUAAAUCACCAAAGGACAUAAUUGCCACCAAAAAUCGGCAUUGGAUUAGCACACUUUUUGCAUCUCUUGAAGUAGAAGAAAAAGAUAAAGAGUUAUUUUACUCUCAUAUGGGGCAUUCUGAAAAAAUGAAUCAAGAUUUUUAUCAGGCUCCAUUGGCAUUAUUGGAAUUAACACGUGUUGGAAAGCAACUAAUGCAAAUUGAUGCUGGACAAUCUGAUGUGAUACAGGAUCUGCCUACAAAAGAAUCUUAUAAUGUUGUUGAUAAAGAAUCUGGUGAGAAUGUUGUUGAUAAAGAAUCUGAUGAGAAUGUUGUUGAUAAAGAAUCUGAUGAGAAUGUUGUUAAUAAAGAAUCUGAUGAGAAUGUUGUUGAUAAACAAUCUGAUGAGAAUGUUGUUGAUAAAGAAUCUGAUGAGAAUGUUGUUAAUAAAGAAUCUGAUGAGAAUGAUGUGGAUAAAGAAUCUGAUGAGAAUAUUGUUAAAGAAAAAUAA